AUCCUAGAGACAGCCGGGAUUAAGGGACACAGAGAAGAAAGCCCACAUCCAGUUGCCACAUUUCUGAUAUUUUUUGCAUGUGCAUGCUUCUGGAUUGGAAACUGAGGCCAAGCAGAAGAUGGUGAAUGACAGAUGGAAAGCCAUGGGAGGCGUGUCUCAACUUGAAGAUGGACAGCAGGAGAAGUCUCAGCGGAUGAGCUGCGGCUACAUCCUGUGCACAGUCCUGCUGUCCGUGGCUGUCCUCCUGGCCGUGACCGUCACCGGAGCCAUCCUCUUCAUGAAUCACUACCACUCGCCCGUCACAGAGUCCCCGCCCAUCAUCAGCACCAACCCCGACGAGGCCAACAACGCCCUGGUCACCAUCGAGAAGGCCGACAGCUCCCGCAUCAACAUCUUCAUCGACCCCCGCUGCCCGGACCACGCUGACAGCUUCAACCGCCUGGAGGGGGGCCAGUCCUCCGUACUGCAGGCCGUGACGGACCACGAGGCCGAGCUGCGGUCCAACCAGGGCCAGGAGCGGGAGCUCCUGGCCACGCUGGCCAACGAGGUGACCCAGCUCCUGGCCCAGGCCUCGGAUCUGAAGCUGGAUUGCGAGGGGCUGAGAAAAGGGCACGGCAGCCUGGGCCAGGGCCUAAAUGCUCUGCAGAAUGAGCAGGGCCGUCUCAUUCAGCUGCUCUCCGAGAGCCAGACCAACAUGGCCCGGCUGGUGAGUUCCGUCAGUGACGUCCUGGACACCCUGCAAAAGGACCGGGGAGUGGUGAGGCCCCAAGUCAAGGCCGAUUUACAGAGGGUCCCAGCCAGGGGAUCCCGGUCCCGGGGAUGUUCUAAUGGUUCUCGUCCACGCGACUGCUUUGACAUCUACGGAAGCGGACUACAAGAGGAUGGGAUUUACUCCAUCUUCCCCACCCACUACCCCUCGGGCUUCCAGGUCUACUGCGACAUGAGCACGGAUGGCGGAGGGUGGACGGUUUUUCAGAGGCGGGAGGACGGCUCGGUCAACUUCUUUCGAGGCUGGGAGGCGUAUCGGGAUGGCUUCGGCAAGCUCACGGGGGAGCACUGGUUAGGCCUGAAGAGAAUCCACGCCCUGACCACGCAGGCCAGCUAUGAGCUGCACAUCGACCUCGAGGACUUUGACAACGGCACAGCCUAUGCCCACUACGGCACCUUCGGCGUGGGUUUGUUCUCCGUGGACCCGGAGGAGGACGGCUACCCAAUCACCAUAGCGGAAUACUCUGGCACAGCAGGCGACUCCUUCCUGAAACACAAUGGCAUGAAGUUCACCACCAAAGACCGGGACAACGAUCACUCUGAGAACAACUGCGCCUCCUUCUACCACGGGGCCUGGUGGUACCGUAACUGCCAUACCUCCAACCUCAACGGCCAAUACCUCAAGGGCCACCACUCUUCCUACGCCGACGGCAUCGAGUGGUCCUCCUGGACCGGCUGGCAGUACUCCCUCAAGUCCACCGAGAUGAAGAUCCGGCCCGUGAGGGAGGAGCACUAGGCAAGAGCCCGACGGCCCCUCGCCCCCUCCCCCCGCUGAGCCCUUCUCCCCGGGGGCCGCCUCCCCAGGCCCCUGUCCCACCCCCACAACUCAGUGUGGUCUUGUCUGGGACUCAGGGGGAGACUCCAGCACACCAGCAACCUUCCAGCUCCCAUCAGUUCCUGCCUCUGUGGGAGAUGCCGCUCUCAACGGAUGCGGGGUUGAGGAAGGAUGGAGUUUCCUCUUCCUCCUCCUCCAGCCUUGGAGGCACAAAGUUCCCCUCCUCUCCUUCUCCUCCCGGCUGCAGGAGUGGAAGGGAAGGAGGCUGGUGGACUUUCCUUCAUGAGACAUUUACACUGAGGCCGACUUGGCAGGAGGGAACCCAGACUAUCCCCACACCCGCAGCUCUUUCCAAUCCAUCGUGAAUUUUCUACCUUGUGCCGAUUUUUACUCACCCCACUGGUUUCCACCUUUCCCUGACUGAGUCUGGAGCCAUCUGGGUGGCUGAGGAAGGUCUCUCUCCUUGUUCUCGAUCAGAAGGAGGACGUCCAUCCCUUUUUUCAGCCACCAGUCUGGGGGCGCUGAGAGGUGGGGGACAGGACCCCCUCCCUGCUGAGACACAAAUUCUUUUAUUUCUACAGGAGGAAAUGAAGGGCUGGAUGCUCGCCCCAAGCACAGUCUUCAUUUCUCCUGGGGUGUGGGCUGGGGCUGUCUGAGUCCAGAGCCAGCCUCAAGUUUCCCCAGGGGCUCCCCGUUUGGGCAACUAAGCCCUGUUUUCAGAAGGUAACAUAGUUUGAGAUAUUCCCCAAAUGUACCAGAACAACUGUAGACAGGAGCUGGCCCAAGGAGGGUGGGAGUGCAUAGCCAUGAAGCAGGCCUUGGGAGAGCUCCACUGAAGCUAACUGCCCUGUGGAUAGGGUGCAGCUGCCCCCCAAGACAGGCGAAGAGGUGGAAAAAUUUGCGCUGCCCUCAGUCCGCAGGUCCCCAUCCCUUCUGCAUCCCCACGCGCCUCUUUAGGACAGUGGUAACUGAGUUCAGUCUCUGGUGAGUUGAAGGGGGAGCCUCAGACAGAUCCGUAGUCAGGAUGAGGAAGCCCUCUGCCCAAACCCACUCGGGGCCUGUUGCUGCCUUCCCGGCACAAGGCCGGAGACCAAGACCAUGGCAACUUCCGUCGUCUGCUCUGCUCAAGAUGUUGUCGUAAAGAGUUUGCCCAAUGGAGGGCUUCACUUUCCUCCUCUCUGAAAGAAUCUCCUGACCCUCAGCCACAUCGUCUGCCCAUGUAUAUCCGGAUGGGACCCCCGAUACUUAGCCAACCAGCCUGGGAGCUAGAGGAGAGACCAGACUCGGAGGCUUCCCGGAAACCUGGGCAGGUCUUGGGACGUCCCUGGAUUUUUCCAGGACCCUGCCCUGGGACCGCUGAAAUUCUCCUCUUUCUGGACUGGCCUUUUCUUCCUCUGGAAAGGACCUGGGCUCCGAGAGCUCCCGUCCAGCAGAGCCGCAGCUGCUACGGGCCUGCCUAGGCCAAUGCCGGCCACAGCCCCGACUCCAUCAGGCUCCGCCGUGAACAGGAAGCCACCAGGACAGAGCAGGGAGCUUCCUGCUCAGAGUUUGCAGAGGCCCCAGGAAUUGCUCCCUCAGAAGGACAUUGUAAAAUACGGGGGUGGAGAAUGAGGGUGGACACGGGAGGGGAGGACCCUCACUGCCUUCCCACCCUCCCCCAAAAACGGUGGGAGGAAGGUUUUAGGGUAGCAUUUUCUCGGGCCUCCCGGUGAAAACCUGUCGUGUCUCAGCAGGGGUUUCCUUUUCCUGUGUGCACCAGGGAAACGUUUAUCAGAGACAGCUGUUCGGGGCUGAGCCCAGAUGUUCAGAAAUGAGCUCCGGGCCCAAGUUUUCCCCCUUGGCCCAGGCUCCGGCACAGACUCUGCGUAGGGCACGUGCUGCCGGCAGAUCUGGGGCUGCCUGCCUGGCUAGAAGUUGGGGAGAACCGGUACAGGGGCGUUCCAACAAACCCAACAAGGUCCUGGGGCCCCCGACUCCUACCCGUCCAGCUGUUCUGCAUUCAGAGAAGGGCCCCGAGCCCAAGAUCAUAUGGGAAGAAGCAUAGCUUCACUGCAUCUCCGGGCCCCUGUGGGUUCCCGCUUAAUUUAGUGAGCCGGCACAGACUUUUGGGGAUGCUCUCAUGCCAGGAAUCUUCUCUGGCCUGGCUGAAAAGGUAACGGUCCGCCUGGUCCGCUGAGUUUUAACCCUGCAAAAUAGCAAACGGUGCUCAGUGGCUCUCCAGACCAUUUUUCCUGGGAAAUCGAGGAAGUCCCUGCCACCUGCUGGCACCAUCCAAUUACAGCAGAUCUUGGAAUGGACGGAAAACAGAGCGUCUCUCUGAGGCCGGGGCCUUUGGUUUUGGUCUCUACCCUUCGUGGAGAAGAUGAUUUUUCGUGCACUGGCUUUUCCUGCCGGCUCGAUUUUCUUCCUUGUUUCCCCCCAGGGGCCAGGAGUUGGAGGGGCCAGGUCUGUUUUGUGGCCAGAGCUUAGUGCGGCUGGAUCGGUGGGAGACGGACCGAAAUGAAGUCUUGGAGGGGCAAGCGAGUGGACCUUAGGUUUCACGGCGAAGGGUCCCCGGUGCAAAGAGUUCAGAUGGGAUGGCGGGAAGACUUGUGAGAUAGUUCAGGGUGGGAGCACUGAAGCCGUGAAAGCCAGGUCUCCCAGCCUCUAACUUGGCAUGGAAUCUCUCUCCUUGAGAGACUGGGCUUGGAUUCAAAGAGGGGGGCAUUGAAGAGACAAAGGGAGGAGAGCUAGGGUUGUGAGGGGGCUUCCUUCCCAGGCAUUGGAAGCAGCCGGCUCCCACUCAGAUGGUCGGGGUUCCUCCUGUGUGCCCCCCGCCAUCCCUUCUUCAAUCAGAAAGGUAAGUACAACUGCCUCCCACCAGGAAACUCCCCAGGAGCCAAGGCAGAGGCGGGGCAGGUCCCCUGCUUUCUCCCUCUCCUGAGUGGCAGGGGGCUGUGAGGGAUGCAGAGGAGCAAAUGAGGAGGUAGCCCCCACCUCUGGCUCUUACACCCCUCCACCCAACAUCAGAGCCAUCCUCAGAAGCCUCCUGUCCAUCCAUCAGCGUAACCCUGGAAGGAGCCUGACCAGCAAAAGUGUCCGGUGUAGAAGCCAGGAGGCCAUCCCCGGCCUGCUUCGCCACCCACUCUGCAUAAAUACCAGUCUUUCCAGGACAGAGUCAUCUGGUUGCAAUUUCUCCAACUUCCUUCUAUUUCAAUUGGUUUCGUGGUCCAGGAGUUUGGAGAUUGCUGACUGGAAGAGACAGAGCUUCCUUCCACCUGGCUGCCCACAUUACUCUUUCCUGCCUCAGGGAACUGAAAAUACGCGGAGUCCUGUCUUCCCUGGGGUGGCUUUGGCUUGGAAAGGAAGUACUAGAAGCAGGAAUCUUACCUGGGAGUUGGAAGGCCAGUCUCCUUGCCAUUCUGUGUCAUCUCGGGCAGGGCUUUUCCAGUCCCCGUGCUUCACUUUUCAUUGGGUGUGACCCAGAAAGGGCUGGGUCUGUUUGGAAAGGGCAUAGUGUGUCCUCGUUUUCCACUCCACUAGUACCUGGUAAGUGAGAACUUAAAGGAUCAGUGGGCAGAAACUAAGGGCACAGAAGGGGCAUCUUUGGGGCUCUGUCCCUGGCAGGCGAAGGGCAGGUUGGGUUAGGUACUGUUUAGAACGGAGCCUGCCCAUUCUCUGCUGAGCUCGGCAGGUACCCCCUGGCAGGACCCCCAGUCUCAGGUGGCCCCACAACUGCCAUCUCUAAGUCAAAAUGUUUUGGCCCUUCCUCACCAUGUUCCCUAGGGAAAGCGAGCUAACAGCUGAAAGCCCUCUGAGUUUUCCACAGAGGACCCUGAAAAUAGGGGCUUUAUUAAGAAGGAAACACAUCCUCUCAUCCCUCCUCUCCCUGCGUGAUCCUCAUCAAAGCCCUGGUCUUCCUCAACAAGCCCAAAGGGUAUUUCCUGCCAAUCUUGGGGCCAGAGGUAUCUGGAGGAGGAUUUAAAGGAAAUUUCUUUUUGGAGGCUCUAUUUACUGACAGUCUUCCCCCCACCAGGAUUAAAAUGCAGUGGUGUUUUCCUUUGGAGAAAGAAAACACAUGCACACCCCACCACUUAGCAAGUGACCAUAUUCCCCUCUGUUUAGAGCCUAAUAUUAAACAGAUGCUUUCCCUACACCUUCUAAGGAAGUCCAGAGUCACCUGGAGAAGACACUAAGGCUGAUCAGGAACUCCUGGGCUCCACUACCUGUUGGAUGCAGUGCUCUCUGACAGGGGGAUGCACACAAAAGAACAGAGAGUGCUGGUGGUAAAGAAUACAGUGAAUAUUUAUAACUUCUUUCUGCCUCCAGAGGUAGUUUUUAUAGGGUUUGUUUUGGGGGUGGAAGUAAACGAGUGCUGAGCACCGCUCCUAGCAUCCUGAGCCCCGGCAAUACUGGGGGAAAAUUUCUCCAUUCUGUCAGAGGACUCUGCCCUUCUCCUUUCUGCCUUGCUUGGUUCUGUUUGGGGGUAAAAUCCAGGUUACCACUAAGUAUACAGGAGGUUUUGCACCUUUUCUCCACCUCCGCCCUUCUCCAUGCCCAAGUGGGAAAUACAUUCAUCCCUGUACUAAACCGGUUCAAGGAGAUAUACUCCCUCACCUGCUUCUCCUUCCCUUCCCUCUACUCUGGGCUGGGGAAAAGUCAGGGGAGCUGGAGUAGGAAGGCUCCCAAUCUAGGAAUUCACCAUUUGCAGAACUAGCUUGUGAGUGGCUGCACUUCCAGAAUCCCACCCACGCUCUGCCACCUAGUUUCCAGAAUCAAACUCGAAGUCGAGGGCCGGGUGAGUGACUCCUCUCCUGACCUAAAGAAGGGUGGGAUGAUGACCCGGAGGAAGGAAGCCGAGGGCCAACGAGGUUGAUGGAGCAGCGUUGCCCAGGACUGAUCAAAUAAGCCCCCCUGAACAGAUGCCAGCUCUUCAGAUCCCACCCCUGCCUUCUUGCAUGCAGUACAAACUAGUUUCUUAGGCUCUGGCCAAGCUGGAUCGCUGGACCAGUUGUUUCCCCUCACCUUGGCUCCCCAUUCCCCCCACGGAGAGCACGAUGGGUAUGAGAGCGGCAGCCCCCUAAGCUUGUGGUUUUUAAGCCAGUUAGGGUCAGAUUCUUGCCCCGAAGACCCUGUGGCAAGAACUGCACAGGGCCCGGGCAGGGGCUUAGACCUCCAGUGAUGUAUAUUCGGUUGUCGAUUUGAACUACUGAACAGAGUGUGAUGUUUCCUAGUACCAUAAGUAGAGGUAAUGUGUGAUUGGUGUCAAAUGCUGUUUAUGUGAUUUUUCUCAGCUCCUUCAAUAAAGGUACUUAAUAAUAGUAACAAUAAUAAUAA